AUGCUCAAAAUCUACACUCACCCUACUGGGUACAAGCAAUUACCAGAGGGUGAACCCCUUGUAUCUCUCGAUCCGACAACCUUCAAAACCUUCACAAUUCCUCAUCCAGAUUUUGAGAGGAUCAAGAAAGUGCUUAUUAAUCGUGACUCUUGUCUUAAAAUUCUAUCUGAGAGUGGUAUUGUUUAUAUUCAUGAUGAAAACAGAUUUAAGUGUUCCUAUCUUCUCGACACAAAAUCUAGUAAUGAAAAUUUAAUAAUUGAUGAUAUUUCAACAUUUUCCGAAGGAUCAACACUUUAUUUGGCUCGUGAUUCUGAGAGUAAUCACACUUUUCUCUAUGGAAGUGGCACAACCACCUAUGAUUGUUUUGGAGAUAGGAAAUUAAGAAAUUUACAAGAUAGAAAUGGUACUGAAAAGUUUACGUUACUCUAUACUCCUCAAGUUGAUGAAAAUGGCCAUCGGCCACAGAUUACACACAUUGCAUCGUGCCAUUCCUUUAAAAUAAUGGUAUUGGAUCAUCGUGAAAUUAGAAUUUCAGGCCAGAAUUGGGUGAAUUCUUCAAAGGAAAUGAAUUGGAAUGAGAGCCAAUUUGUAUGUGAAAAGAAAAUUAAGAACAUUACUUGUGGAAGUUUCCAAUUUAUGGUAAUAUUUGAAGAUGAUUCUGUCAUGUUUUGUGGAGACAACCAAACUAAUCAAAUGCCACACCAUACACAUGGAAGGUUGCAUUUUACUGUGGAUGAUGAUUUGAAAAUUAUGGAAUCAUUUGGUGGUUAUGAUAGUUCUGUUGUAAGAUUUGCACACACCCCUAAAACUCCUGAAAGUUACAAGAUCUAUGGAGAAACUCUGAUUAGAUUUGAAAAUUUGAAAGAGUUUUUGAAAAAUUAUCCUAUUUUCACUGUUUCGAAUGAGAAUGAUUUUACACAAAUCAGAUAUCUUAAGAAAUUCUUUGUAAUUGAGUUCCAAAAGGGAUUGUUUUAUUUUAUGAGUAAUGAUCAUACUGUAGGAUUCACAGUGGAUAUGUCAACAGAGUUUCACAACAUGUAUAGUAAUCAUUAUGAAGUUGUUGCUUUGUCAAAUACCAUUGUAUUUUACAAAACUAAUUCGAAAGAGUGUGCAAUUUAUCCAGAAUUACAUUGUUGCAUGAGAAAUAAGUUAUUGACUGAUUGUGAUUUUGACUUUAUUUAA